AUGUCGACAACAGAAGUCAAAUUUUUCCUCAAUGAGGAGACGCUGAAAGCCGCCCAGUUCUUGCCGCCUCCCUUGCCGCAGUCGGUCUGGGUAAGCCCCAAAACCAAAGGACAGGCAGCAGCAACACCCUCCUCCUGUGGUGUGAAGGUGAGGCCGGAUGAGAUGAGGCCGUCCCAUGAGACAGUGUUGGUUGUCCCCGCGUCUGGUGGCCUCUCCCAGAAAGGGUUACAAGGUACCGGUGGCCGUGAUAUUGGAAAGCAAACAAGGACAGGAGCCACACCGAAGGGUGGCCGCAAAGGGGAGGAUGGUGGGAGUCAAUCGAAGGGCGUAAAUUCGAUGAAGAUGGUGGCCGCUGGCCCUCAUGGUAAGCAGGGGCCUGCUGACGAGGGACGUGGUGACGUGGUGAUGGCUGAGAAGGGGGAUUGGCCAAGGAAUAAUGGGAAAGGGAAGUCAAGGAGGGAGGAUGGGGCGCUGGCGGUGUGUGUUUUGGAGGCUGGAAAGCAGCAGAAGAGUGCUCGAUCAGAGAUGGAAAAGGGGAUGGAAGGGCCAAAUUCUGAGGAGAAGAGUGCCACCGAAAUGGAGAAUAAAAAGAACGGGCCGUCUCUGGCGGCGGGCAGGGUAGAGAUGGUUGGGGCUGAAGGGAAGAUCACGACGAGGGAGAUGACAAUGGAAGUGGGGGUCGGGACAAGGGAGGGGACCGUGGCGGUGGCCGAGACAAGGGAUGUGUCCGUGGGAGUGGCCGACGAGUAUGGGUGCAACUUGACUAGGCUAACAGAGGUGUUCAAAAUGGCAGUCUCGGAGGAGGAACUCGAAGUUCGUAAGCGAACAGUGGAUAUGGUGGAGGAUCUUGCGCAGGAUCCGACGUCGACAAAGAAGAUGUGCGCUGAAGAUUCAGCCGAGAAUCCUAAAGACAUGGUGGAGGUAGCCAGCCCGAAAUGGCCCCAAUCGGAUAAAUGA